CUGGAUGGUGAAGAUCCACCACACACAGAUGAAUCCUACAGCCAGACUGCAAGCCAAAGAAAAAGGACUGGACUGGUUGAUCAGUGGUUGUUUCUGAUGUCCAGACGCAGCCGUCUAACAAGACGUUUUAGAGAAGAUGUAUGGAGAUACUGAUGCUGCCAAUAGUACCAAAAGCUAGCUCUAUGCCCAUGAUGUUACUGUGUUUUGAUUGCCCAACAAACUGGCCUGACCUGAACAUAGAUUGGAGGAAGACGAGAGACUCCAGACUCAAAGGGCUUCCUCCGCUCACAUGAGCAGCCGUGGUGAUGUGUGAGGAUCACGUAUCACCCAGAGCACCGUCUGCAAAGGAAAACAGCUGUCUCUCAUUGCAGUUAACUGCAACUCGGCAAAAAGCCUCUGCAAGCGGCACGUUUCACAGAGCAGAGAGGUGCCAGCCGCCAUGCCAGGUGCUUUCACAUGGACCACAAGAGCUUCAUCUGGACGGCGGCUGGUUGGUAAUCCGAAACACGGCUCCUUUCAUCUUCUGGGUCUUUCAUGGAAACAGAAGGUGGAGCAAAUUUUCAGUCACGUUUCGGUCAAUUGCGUCUGACCGAAGGGCAUAUUUGUCUCCAUGUGACUGGGAGAAAGCUAUCUGUCUGAGGCGCCCACUGGAUUCCAUUACCCUUCAUUCAGCAGAGCAGCUGGGGGCAAGCGAGCCAGAUCCAGUUACAGCAAGAAAAUCUUGGUAACGACGGAGCGUGGUGAGAGGCAUCUAUCUGUAUAGUGGAUAAGCAACAGUCACCAUGGUUGCUACGAGUAAAUUAAAGACUAAAAACACGGAGGGUAUUUCGGAGCUGGUUGAAAGGCGGUACGACCAGGUGUGCAUCGAGAAAGAGUUGGAUUUCUGGGAUCACUGCAUGGCCGAGCCCCAUGCGGCCGCAGACGUGACUGAGGACAGAAGCUGCCACCAGUUGGCCAAGAUGUUUGAAAACUGCCUGUCCCGGGCCAAGAAAACGACGUUGCACUGCUCCUCUGUUCUGGUACCAGAGAAGCUGACCCGGAGGAUAGCCCUCGAGGUUCUCCAGCUGGCGUCCUGCGAGCCCUGCGGCCUGCGCGGCUGCGUCCUGUACGUCCACCUGGAGCUGGAGAAGGGCUGGAAGCAGCUGGAGCGCAUCGCAUGCGACGCCUCAGUCGUUCCCACGUUUGAGCUGACUCUUGUGUUCAAGCAGGACGGUUCGGCGUGGCCCAGCCUGCGGGACUUCCUCUUGAUGGGCUCGUGCUUCGGCCCGACCUUCAGGCACGUCAUCAAACUGAGUCCAGGUUUCCGCCUGGUCAAGAAAAAACUGUACUCCUCCUCGGCUGGUACUGUGAUAGAGAAGUGUUGAACUAUGUUGGAAGCGAGAAAGUGUCUCCCUGCGGUGAAAUGCACUUAAAAACUACAAGCGAGACCAAAGGGGUGUCGCGUUUUCAGCUCUUUUGUACAAGUUUGUCACUGUAAGUUUAGGAUUUUAAAUGCUAAACAAACCAGAUUUCUCUGACUUCUGCUUCAUAGUCCUUAAAAAUUCCCUCUUUUUUUCCUUAGAGCAGUUCCUCACUCAAGCACAAUUUUACAAAUUACCUUUUCAAAAUGAAUGUAAAAGUGUUCAUGUCGACAUGUUUGCGGGAGACAUACUUCUGUUAAAGGCACUAGCCACUUUGUAGAUGCAUCUGUGUUUCCAGAUGCGUUGAAUGUUGAGCUGCAGUGACGCAAUGGGAGAUUUUCUUCCAAGAAAUGAAAGCAUAGUUUUGCAGUUUGAGAGCAAGGCGAUUGUUUUCGUGCUCUCACUCAAAACUCUGCUAAAAAAAAAAAACAACUAAACCUGUGAGUAUACACACCCUCUGCUCUCACUCAAUAUGUCAGUUGUUUAGAUUUGAUGCCUCUUGAAUCCGCCAGUAUUUGCUCUCUGGUGCUUUUCCUCUAAGAGAUUUACAUCUUUUGGAAUAAUUAGCGUUCCAACCAAAAUAAUAUUGUGGCUUAAGACAUAAAAAGCCUUCUUUAGGAUGUGUGUAACAUAGUUGAGUCCAAAUUUUACCCAUAAGCAGAGUAUGUUUUGGGGUUUUUUUGUGCAAGAGGCAAUACAUUUCUUUGCAGGAAAAAAACAGUUUCAAGGACAAGCAGAGGGGCAUUUUUCCUCCAGAGUCAGCAAAGUUGUGGGUGAGAGCAAUAGAAUAAUUUCAUGAAUCUGAGGGGAAACUGGAUUGAAAAUGUGAGCUCCUAGACUUUUGAAUGGAAGAAUUCCCUAUGAAGGAGUUCAGGCUUGACUUUGCAGACCAUUGCAAGUCAAUGCAGACUUGCAAUGGUCCAGAUGCAUCUAGUUGUGAUGACGUGUUCAGGGCUGCAGACAUGAAGAGCUGUGAAGACGCCGUCAUGACGGGGGCUCGUCACACCUGGGAACGUGGAGGCCUUAACUCGUACAACUGUCCGAUCUGCCCUCGGAUCACAGCGAUGGGCUUUUCUGUGUGAAUGUUUUAAUGCAUUUUUAUUUUUAUACUGACAGAUGCACCUUUACAAAGCAAGAGCCUUUAUAUACAAUUAAAAGUUUGGUUCACUCGGUGUUGGAGGCUCGGCUAUUUUUGAUUGUGUACUUCGGUUUGUGACAUUCUUUUUCUUUUAAUUCUUAUUUAUUGUACAAGGCAAGUACUUGUUCAUUAGCCAAUAAAAUAUUUUAUAAUUUUUA